AUGCGAAAAUAUGGAGUCCACCAUCGCUUAUCCACACCUUACCACCCACAAUCCAAUGGCCAAGCUGUAAUCUCUAAUAGAGAAAUCAAGGCGAUUCUAGAAAAGAAAGUCAAUCCCACGAGGAAAGACUGGAGCCGACGACUGGAGGACGCACUUUGGGCCUACAGGACAGCGUUCAAAACGCCUAUUGGAAUGUCCCCAUACCGGCUGGUAUUUGGGAAGAUGUGCCAUCUGCCAGUGGGAGUUGAGCACCAAGCUUACUGGGCAAUCAAGGAAAUGAAUAUGAAUACCGAGUCUGGAGCCGUAGAAAGGAGGAUGCAGUUACAGGAGCUGGAAGAACUUCGUCUGGACUCCUAUGACUCUACCAUGUGGUACAAAGAAAAAAUGAAAAUGUGGCAUGAUAAGAACCUUCGCAAGGAGGAACUCAAGGUGGGCCAGAAGGUACUGCUGUUCCAGUCCAGACUGAAAUUGAUGCCAGGAAAGCUUAGGUCAAGAUGGAUAGGCCUGUAUACCAUUGUCGCCAUCCGAACGAAUGGAGCAAUCAAACUCCAAGGAAGCGAUCCAAACUCGCCUUCAUUUAUGGUGAAUGGUCAUAGGGUGAAGCCGUACAGAGAGGGAAUGAAGACAUUUGUGGUGGAAGACAUUCCACUAUUCAUGCCUGACCCUCGACAGUAA